AUACAGAACAAAGUUUACCUAGACUACCUUCAACUAUAGAACAACUUAACUCAAUACUACAAGAGAAACAAAUUAUCGAAAUAAAUAUUCCCAUAAGGAAACAUUAUAAUAUUCUAGCUAUACUUGAAACUUUAUAUCAGCACUUUUCUUUCAACACUACACCAGAAUAUAUCUUCGAUCUAAUAGAUUUACUAGAACCCUCUUUUGAUAUUUUCAAUAUACAAAAAACAACCACAACUAACAUGCACAUAAUACAAACUGAGACAGAUCCUCUCAUGGAUAAUCAAUAA